CGCACUCUCGUUCAUCAGCAAGAGGUGCACAGCUGCAUCAUGCCGCGCCUUUACGGACGUUCUGUCGCCACCGUCGGGUCCGCGCACUACCGAGCGGUCCUCCUGUUGUGGUUCUGUGGCUUUCCACUCCUGGAAUCGAAACGAUGCCCAUGAUCGCCUAGUUGUGCUGGAGUCCCCAGCGGCAAAAAUGUCGACGAAGAACUGCGUCAGAGUAUAUGCUGGCUUUGGACUUGUGGAUCGCCGCUUUAGCCGCACGCUUUUGGUUGUCCUAGUUUUGCGCAGUCUAUUUGGAGAUCGACACCCACUUGCUCCUGCCUUCCCGGAAGAGAGUGGGACUUCUGCCUCCACCGUGCUGUGCCUCUCUGGAGACAGAUCUAUCCAACAUGCUACAUGCUGCAUUAAAUCCUGCUCCCGACGUCCUGCUCCAGACUCCGAUGCAAGUGCGAUUGGCUCUGCUGAUCGCAAUGCGGGUGGUGCUGUGGGCUGCAUGUGGCUGUUGAAGGCAAGGCGUGCUACGCAAAAUGAACCUCCUGAGAACCUUAGGAUCGAUUCGAUAUGCAUCUGUAUCGCAGUGAAUACACUCCGAUUCGACCCAACCUUGGCGGCCACGGGCACGACAUGUUCGUCAAGCCAUCGAGAGACUGAGCUGCGCAUAUGCAACGAGGAAAGAAGCUGUAACGCAGGAUCGAAGCUUUGUGUGCUUGCUAUACCCUAUCAUCCAAAUCGACCUACCUGAGCACUGUGCCGUAUUGACAGAUGUAGUGUAUGGCCAGACAAGGAUCCGAGGUGUGUGGGAGAAAGAGAGCGCGCCUAUGGCCACCACACAUGAGGCUCUAUCGUGUCCUUCUAUACGCCGUCGGUUUAUGUAUAUAUACACGUAUGCGUGCCUCCAACAUGCUAGUCGUUACGUAG